CGUUCACCAGUUCAGUCGACGCCUUGGCAUCACCCAGCAUACAUCCGCGUAGAGUCGGUCCCUUUCGUUCCCCGUUCAUUACAAACCAGUUUUCCACCCUUCAUCAACUGAAGCUCAAACUCACAAACAACUCCCUUUUUCGAAAACAAAGCUAGCGAAAACUAUCGCCUUUAAGAAAUUGUGAAGUUUUUCAUUGAAAAAAGCAACAACAAAAAACCUCAAAAUGUGCAAGUGUAUCGCUGGAAGCGUCGUCUGCUGCUGCUGCCAGUGCGCGAUGAGCGUGUUCAUCUCGCUGCUGUUUGUGGGAAUUCUGCUGGCGGCGGCCCUCGCCGCCGGCAUCUACUUCGGCGUGCUGAACGUGGACGACCAGGCGCCGGAACUGUCCAACUACAUCCACAAGACGGGCGACUCGAUCAAGGACGCCGUCAAGGAUAAGCUCAACUAGAGGAGGGGCGGGGAGAACGAGUACAAACCAGACAGUGCCAGCCGAAUCUCCGAAGAAGAAAAAUUACAAAAUAUUUAUACAACUUUAAGAAUCUUUGUGGAUCUGAUGUAACAUUAAAGCGCCAACUACAAAAUGUCCAAAAGGAUUUGCUUGAAACUUCUCAAAGGGAAGAAAUAGAUGUGCUACGCUAAAUUAGAAUAAGAUUUACACACAAACACAACGCUUAAGUAAAAAUUGCCUAAUGCAUCACAGAAAUGUCACAACAAGCAACUAUGUUAACCAUCUGUAAUCGGUAAGUUUUUUUUAGGAUUUUAAGCCACCUUUGGUGAGCAAUUCGUUUUAUGAAUAAACAUCUUAUUUAAUUUCGUCUAAA